CCUUUUGCCGAUGGCCGAAAAACUAGUAGUGCGCUAUGAUGACAUAUGGGGAGGGGCAUCCGAGCAGUGAGCUAUGUUGUAUUUGGUUGUAUGUGUAACUUCUUAUUUAUACCUCAGUGUGUGUAACUCCGAGUCGGGGAGAUGAUGAAGAUUAGCCUACGCGCUAUGUAAAAUUGUUACAGCAGCACUGCCAUCCGUAACUAUAGGGCGCUCGCGCCACGUGGAGCGAAAGGCUACAUUUAUCGUGUUACAUUUUAUCCUACAUGUUAUCGCUUUGGUUUUUAGCAACAAGCGUUGCAAUAAUGAAAAAAGAGUGAUCUGACUGCCGCACUUCUCAUCUCUACAAGUGGGUCGGAGUGCGGAACCUAUGCAUUUCUGUGCAUUGAGGACCAAGAAUAUACACAAGGAGUGGGCUCUGAAUUCUUGCUUCAUCUACAGACAAAGGGAGAACAGUUUCAAACGAUCCCCCGAGCACAGGAUGAAGGGUCGGACAGACGUCCCGCGCGAUAGGGGCUGGUUGGUGGGGGUUAUCUUCUUCAUCCUGGGACUCGGGACGCUGCUACCAUGGAACUUCUUCAUGACCGCCUCCAUGUAUUUCAACAGCCGCCUUAACAAGACUGAACGGAGCAAUGGCACGGUGGUCUCCCACAAAGAGUACUACUUCAACAACUGGAUGACUCUGCUGUCCCAGCUCCCCCUGCUGCUCUGCACUCUGCUCAACUCCUUCUUCUAUCAGCGGAUAUCGGAAAUGGUGCGGAUAGCGGGCAGCCUGGUCUUCAUCUUCAUCCUCUUCAUCCUCACUGCCAUCCUGGUCAAGAUCCCCAUGGAGGAGGACCGCUUCUUCUCUGUUACCAUGGCUACCAUCUGGUUCAUCAACUCGUUUGGAGCGGUGCUACAGGGCAGUCUGUUUGGCCUGGUGGGCCUCCUUCCUCAGAAGUACAGCGCUGUGUUCAUGAGUGGCCAGGGGCUGGCCGGCACCUUCGCUGCUAUCGCCAUGCUGGUCUCCAUAGCCAGUGAUACGGACCCUGAGACGGCUGCGUUGGGUUACUUCAUCACGCCGUGUGUAGGAACCCUGAUCACUUUGCUUAGCUACCUCCUACUGCCUCGCCUGGAGUUUGCCCAGUUUUACUUGGACAAGAGCAGGAGUUAUGAGGUGGAGCCUGCAGAUGAGCUGCUGAAAGUGACAGAGAGUGGCACGGCGGAGAACGGCAAGCUGUAUGGCCACGCCAAUGGCUCAUUGGCCAAUGGAGGUGCCAGUGGCGAGGAGGUGGAGCUAAAGGGGGCUGGGGUCAGUCCCAAGCAGGCCUUCUUAACCCUGGAGCAGGCUGAGGUCAGGGACAGGAAGUCCACCAUCAUGGAGGUGUUUAAAAAGAUAUGGGUGAUGGCUUUCUGUGUUGUUUUUGUCUUCACCGUCACUCUCGCUGUGUUCCCCGCCGUCACUGUGGACGUCAAGACCAUAUACCCUGGGAAAUGGGAACCUUAUUUCAUCUCUGUGUGUUGCUUCCUCAUUUUCAACGUGUGUGACUGGAUCGGCAGAACUGUCACCACCCUGGUCCAGUGGCCGCCCAAGGAGAGUUGUCUGUUUCCGGGGCUGGUGGUCUCCAGGGUGGUGUUUGUUCCCCUGCUGAUGUUCUGUAACGUCCAGAGCCGCUCCUACCUCCCCGUCCUCUUCUCCCACGACGCUGCCUUCGCCUUCAUCAUGAUGCUCUUCUCCCUCUCCAACGGAUACUGCGUCUGCCUCUCCAUGUCCUACGCCCCACAGUUGGUGGCUCCUAAAGAUGCAGAGACGGCCGGGGCCCUGAUGACUUUCUUCCUGGCCCUGGGCCUCUCCAUCGGGGCCGCCCUGUCCUUCCUGCUGCGACUACUGGUCUAGACACACACACACAUCAGAGGACCACCACCAUCAGUCAACAGCCACCCCCAUCCCCAUCCGUAAAGUGACGGGACACGCCAUGACAUCAUCCACUUCCAUCGUCAUACCUAGAGGGACCCAGGCUGGGAAUAGAGCUGCCUAAAGAAAAGCCUGCAUCAAAAUGAUAUUAGUACUGACCACAAUAGACAUUAUACCAGGGAUUGAAUAUCAUCUCCCCAGUUGCCUGACAUGCACAACACGUAUUGAAAUAACUGAGAUAUGAAGGGUAUGACGCUACAUGACUAGCUACUUUACAACUGGUUUACAGUGGUUAGUAGUAAAAGACUCUGGUUGCCUCUCAUCGGACAACAAUGAAUAGACACAGUCGGUGCCAAACAGUUUUAAACUUGGGUCGUUAUUUUUGAGUUGGACCAUUUUAAGGAGGUUUUUGUAUAAUGUUUGUUUUCCUGUGGUUUUCUUAAGGCACUAACCUUAGUCAAGAACAGGAGCUAGAGGAGUUUAUGGAGAACUAAUGGAUUGUUCCACAAAGUAGAUCAUUUUCUCACGGAAGUCUUAUUUUCAUAAUGACAUCAGAUUAAAUCAGGAUUACUAGCUCUGAUGAGUAAGUACUUAUAUUUUUCAACAAAGCCUUUGAUUUGAUUGAAAACUUUUGAUUUAUUUUGGAUAUCAUGACAAUAUGAAAUAGUACAUUAUUUUUGCACGGAAGACCAAUGAAAUUAUUUCCCUUAGUUUGCAUUUGGUUACAGAUAGGUUUCUUCAUUAUGUUAUUUGCACAUCAGUGGUCUGUGUACAUCAGCACACUCAUGUCAUUCUAGCCCAUUGGAGUGGAGAGGACCACUUGGGGUGUGUUCAAUAGAGUGAAAUGUAGUUCAUAGAAAAUACUCCAUUCGCUUCCUGUUCAUGUCAGGAUAAUGGCCCAGUAGGACAGGUUUUAGAAACAGGAUAUGAUGCAGUGUAAUGAUAGGAACAGAGGGCAAGGAGGUGAUGGGAACCAGACCACAUUCCACUCCUCCUCCUUCCCACUGUUCUCCUGAGGGUAGCGUUCAGUCUGACCAUAACAGUGUUUCCCAAAUUCGGUCCUUGGGACCCCAAGGGGUGCACGUUUUGUUUUUAUGUCCCAGCACUACACAGCUGAUUCAACUAAUUAUCAGGCUUUUGAUAAUAUGAAUCAGAUGUGUAGUGUUAAGGCAAAAAACAAAAAGGUGCACACGUUGGGGUCCCGAGGUUUGAUUUUGGGAAACGCUGCCCUAACACCAUUCUGUGCUGCUAACCUACCUAUUAACCUGUUGCUGUCUAGUCACGUUGUUUGAACAGAGCUUUGGCUUUAGGUAUAAUGUACAAAGGUGUGCUGUGACAGAUUUUUCAAAACAAAAAGGGAUACACUCUGCUUUGUUGUAAACAGGGUGUUGGUCUCUAGCGUUUGGCUUUUGGUAAUAACAAAUUGUUUAACUUUUUCUCACCAUGAAAAAGUGUCAGCUAUUCUGUUUCGAUUAUGUAAAUUCAUUGGAUUUAAGUAACAGCACUUGUUUUUGUUUUGCUGUUGGUCAUUUACUAGACUAAAGUAUAGUAUUUUGAACACGGAUGAAGAACAAGAAUAGCUUCUAGCGGUCACUGGCUGAUGAGCCAGCUAAGGUUAAGGUGUCUGUAUCUUCCAAUAUUUGACUUCAUAUUACACAGACAGUGGGAGUAAAACGCAUUACAGAAAAAUAUUUUUAAAUACAUUACCAUAACACUAAAUCACAAUUCCAUAAUUAUCUGCCAAUUUUCAUUCCUUGAAUGUAUCAUGGCCACGAUGAUUUAAUGGAGUCAUAUUAUACAUUUAACAGAGUGCCAUUAAACAUGAAUCGACAACCAUUUCUAAAGCUGUGCAUUAAGUCAAGUUAUAGAUUUGUCUAUAAACUAUUUAUUUUUUGCCCAUUCUGUUUCCAUUCCAGAUAUGAACACAUUGAUUACAACCUUACCAACUCUAUGAACUUUGUGUUUGCUCUAUUUUGGUUUCUAGACUUUCCUUUCUUUCUUUCUUCCUCUAAUAUAAGUAUCUGUUGUUUUAAAAUCCUUUUUAUGUGUCCCUCUCAUGAAAUCUUUGUUUUUGAUUUGAUUGCUCAACGUUUAAGAGUGUUUUCUGAAUGGAGUGAGAAUUAACUGUCAUGUAUGUAGAAGACAAACAAGGUACCUGUACCUGGUGUUGUUGAGACAAACAUCUGUUUGGUUUCAGAAUGGCUGGAUGAAGGGCUGAUGUGGGUAAUGGCCCUGUUCAAAUACUCUACAGAUGUACCCUUCCUUACUUUAGGAAAUCACUGGCCUAUCACAAUUGCAUAUGUGUUAGCAAGGACUCCAAUACACAGCUUACAUCUAUUCUGUCAUGUUAGAACAGUGAUCGAGGUAGGAAAGAAGGAAGCGUUUUUGAACAAUACCCGUCUACCUGAACCAGUGGUUUAGUGGUGACUGGAGAAGUGGGUAUAAUCAUUUUGCCCCCCAAAAAUUCAAACGGCCCGCCCAGGGAAGGAAAGGAGCCCUGUGAGAAAAAUGCUAUGAGAAAUAGUGAUACAAACCACGUUUCCAUCCAGAUUUCAUUCCAUAUAAAAAUCACGACAGCUGUGAUGAAAACGGGUAGUUUAAGUACAAUUUUAUAAAUACCGACAUAUAAUUUGUUAAUUCGCCCAUGGGAUAUUUUUGUGUCAGUAAAAUUAAUUAUGCGAGAAAUUGUGGUGGAAACACUUAUGCGUAAAUAUUGAUAUAAUAAACAUGAGUCACGCGAUGACAUGUUGUGUGGUCCUCCAGCUACGACUCUGGAAACCAUGCAGUAUAUUAGGCUACAUAUUAAAUCAAUUAUGAACUUUACAGGGUGGUGAGAGGGCAUGGUAAUCUUGAUGCUCCUUUUAAAUAAAUAUUGAGGAUCUGAUUCUGGUGACAUGGUGAUCGAUGCAUGACUGAUUUAGCCAUAACCUUAUCACUAGUCUACCCUCACUGUAUCUGCCAGCUGUUGGCCACGUGUCAACAUCAGAGUAGGCACAUUUGCUAUUUAACAGUUUUUGUGACUAAACUAUCGAUAGAGUUGAAAAUGCGACGUGAACAUUAGAUUUUUAACACUAAAUCGCGUACAUGUGUGCAUCACGUCAUCACGCACUGACUUUUAUCCUCAACAAAUCUAUUUGGUGGAAACGCCACUGGUGGGAAAAUGUGUAUAUUUUCUUUAUGCAUAUUAAAAAAAUAUUCGCAUGAAAAUCUGUCGCCAACUGGAUGAAAAACUAGCUAUAUUCUCUGACCUAAAAUGAUCAAUCCCAUCCUGGUCUUUCGCAGUCAGGUCAACCCAAGUUGUACUGUGCAAGUAGGCUAAUAGUAGGCCUACUAUUGAAACAGAUACAAGAGGCUGUCAAUUAAGAAAUUCACAAUUUUCAGAUUUUUU